AUUAUAAAUGGACCAAGGUAAUAAAAUCAAAUUUGGCAACAGAAGAAGCAUUUCACCGAAGAAAUCAGAUAAGAUUUUGAUCAAAAUGGCCAAGAACCCUUUCCAAGAGGAGAGAAAGUUGAAGAAUAAGCACCGAAAAUAGAAAGAAUAGAUAUUCCCUGAACAACAGUCCUGUAAGGAUUGGUUUGAUCGGCUCUGGAGUUAAAUAUUUUGAUAAGACAAGGUGAGACACUCUAAACUCUGAUUUAAAAACAGUCAGAGAUACUAUAACUAAUUCUCCAAGCAAGGUGAAAUUAGCUCCUGUGUAUGAAAAUACCAGCAAAACUUCAAGUAUCAAAGAUCAAAAAUCAAUUCAAUCCAGACUAUCAGGGGCAGAAAAUAUUAGCUCUAGAAUGAAGAUCCCUCAUCAACCUGCAAUAAAAACAAAAUCAACCAAAGUCAUACUUUUUAGUAUGUAGCUGAUGUAACUAUAGGUAACCAACAUCAAGAACCUAUCCUUGGGCCAGGGUUAAAAUAAGCUAGAGAAUAACAUUCCUUGUUAGUUCCAUAAUUUUAUAGCUAUAGCACCGAAAAAUCCACAAAUUAACAACCCAUUGCAUUCUCAAAGGAAUGCUCCUCAAAAUUCUCCAAAAUUAGACAACAAGAAAGCUGAGUACGAUCUACUAGAGUCCUUGGCUAAAGAAAAGAAGUAUGACUGCAUAAAUCAAUACCUCACCUGGUUGCCUAAAAAGAAGAGAAAAUAGCGAAUGUAAUGCCAUUAAAAUCCCAACAGGUCCAGUCAUAGAAAAUACACCACCAGCGAAAGAAGUGGCCUUUAAAAGCAAACCAAGUUUACCUGGUAAGAAUUUGCCAGAGAAGGGAUCUAAGAUAGAUCCGAUUUCCUGGAACUAUAAAGAAUGCUUUAAUAAUACUACGUCAAUCCCA